UGCAAAUGUAUUGUAAAUACAUAAUUGGAUUCAUAAUGACGUGACAGCAGUUUGCUGAUUAUUUGAAACAAUUUUUGUUAUGUUUUAACAUUUGUAGUGAUUUUAACUUUAACAAAGAUGGAUGACGACGAUCCCGUAGUGCAAGAGAUACCAGUUUAUCUAUCGAGGACCUUAGCCAAGAAUCUGUACAUAUAUCAAUAUCCAGCAAGGCCCGCAAAUAGGGACUGGAGUGAUGUGCAGAUCGUGAAUGCUGCUCUUAAGCCUAAAAACCAAGUGGUAAGGCUGGAAGUUGGCCUAGACACGAACAGUGAUAAGUUCUGUUCUUCCGUUGCUGAACAGAUAGCAAUAAACACUGAUGGACAUCAGGAAUCUUCAUGGCAUGUAAAAGAGAAAGAUAAAUCAUUUUAUUUCAAAAAUAGAAUGAUGGAUAAAAUAGUGUAUGAGAGCAGCCGACCAACAGUUGACACUCGACACUAUGCUGUGGCGAUAUUAGAGGAUAAGGAACUACACUGUACUCCUUUACAAGGUAUAAUACAAAUGAGGCCGUCAUACACAUAUCAUGAUAAGCAAGAUAAACGUAAACAAGAAAAGAGCAAGGCUGAUGAUCCUGAAGAGGAAGAGAAUGAACCUGAACCACAACAGGUGACUGUAAAAUUUGCUCGUCAAGAAACAGAUGUGGCCAAGAAAGCACGAGAGAAAUCAUACGAAACUAUAACUCAACGUGUGACUGCAGAGCCUUGGUAUGAUGCGUUUUGGGUGAAUCCAAAUACCGAUCAAGCUGAAUUGGAACGCCUCAAACUGUUCAGUCAAACUACACUUGAUGGUUCAGCCCUAAGUUUGAACGCUCAUGAAUAUAUCCGGAAUCUCGUACCACCACCGCCUGAAGAUGAGGCGGAUAUAGUUCCCACCAAACGGCCUUCAGUUGUAGAGCAAAUUAAGAAUUUACUUUUAAAUGCUAAGUUGAUGACAUUAAGUGACGUCCGGUCGCUUGUCCGCACGGAGAGUGGCAGCGCCGUGAGUGAGAGCGCCGCAGUGAGCGCGCUGUCCAGUGUGGCGUGCUGCGUGCGCGGCGUGUGGGCGGCGCGCUCCGCCGACCUCUACCCGCGCGCCGGGCCCGCGCCCCCCGCGCUGCUGAUAGCCGCCAGGGACCACAUAUUGUACCUCUUCACUCAGAACACGUACAUCGACCGUCGGAAGGUGACCGCGGCUGUACGCCUGCCGCCCCUAGACGUACUGGAAAUAAUACGUUCAGUCGCCAAAUAUAAUCCAAGGUACGGCUGGGAGCUGCUCAUACCGCCCGACGUGGAGUUCGAGAGGAAAUACCCUGACGUCGUUCAAAGGCAGAACCUGGCUUGGGAGGCGAAGCAGAGGCAGUUCACCGAAACGUUGAUGGGCGAAAAUGUACCUAAACGUCAGAGGAAGAAGUCCCAAAGGGAUUCGGUGAGCUCGGACACGAUGCUCAGCCCGAAGCCGCGGUGUAAUAGUGUUAGUGAGGAAGACAGUGAGCGAAAGAGACACAAGAACAAAUCCGCUACCGGUAGCGGGAAAAGGACGCGCAAUGUCAGUUCGGGCAGUGUUACGGAAGGGACGUGAUUUGUGCUCGUUUUAGGUUAUCAAAUUUAUAAUAUAGGCAGUGCCUCUGUUGUGAUAUCACUUGUUCUUCAUCAAAUUAAGUAGGAAAAUAGGCCUUAUUUAUAUAUGACAUUGCGUUCGCUUCCCUCAUCUUUGAUAUGUACGAGAGAGCGUUACUACUUAUUUAUAAAAAUCGUACGUGUCGAUCGAAUGCUACACAAAAAUAAAUAUAGCAAUAGCACUUGUUGUAUUUUAUCGUUUCAAGUUGUUUUGUCGCUUAUGACGUUUUGGUUCUUAUUUGUUUUUUUUAUGGCUUAGGUGGGUGGUUACCGUAGCCCAUAGACAAUUACAACGUAAAUGCCACCACACGCCUUGAGAUAUGAGUUCUAAGGUCUCCGUUUGUACAGUACAACCACAGCACCGGACUUGACCGCCUUGUCCUUUAGGGCACGGCGACUUCAAAUGAUGUUUAUUAGAACUCAAACGCUGUAGCUUCAAUUGAGAUUAUUAAAAGCUUUUUAAGAUAGCCUUUAAAUUGUUUGCUGGCUCCUGGUACGUCUACCUGCUAUACUUUUUUCAAUGUGACUGUUGGAUGCAAUUGGUAUUGCUCUCUCUUGAAUGAUGACGUCAUUGUACAAAAUAGUGCCCUAUCUCUGUAUAAUUAAUUUGAAGCCCUUAAAUACUUUGUAUCGGAUACAGUUGUAAUUUGUUAUUCGUUAAUCGGCUGUAUUUAUGAUUAGAGACGAUAUAAAAUAUAAAAACAGAAACAGGAACCUUGUUUUUAUAAAAUGACGUAAGUGACAAAAAUCCUUCUGAGUUAGCUGUUAAUUGUUAAAAUGAAUCUUAACACCAUAACGUUUGUUGGAUGUAAUUUAUAAUAAAAUGAACGAAGAUAGAAGAUUUUUAAUUGCGAUUAAACCUAAUUUCCAUACAUUUUCUAUUUGAGUAAAUAAAAAUCAGUGUAUAUUUUAAAGGUCACCAAGACUUCAGUUCAAAUGUCCAUUAAACAAUAGUCCAAACAAUAUUCAUAUGAAAUAUUGUUUAUAACAUCAAAUGAAGAAACUGGUUUAAGAAAACCUUUACCUUCCUUUAUCUCUUUCAUGAAGAUAUUGGUAAUGUGAAUUAAAAAAUUUUAAAAAUGUAUUCUUCAAAAUGGGUUUAGUUGUGAUAUAGAAAUACAGUUCUAAUGAAACACUGUGAUAGAUAAUUAUCGUCAGGUUAAUUACUGAUUUAGUUUUUAGACUGUGAGAAUUUGGUUUUUUCAUAGUUAAUCUACGUACCGAGUAAAAUCAUCUCGAGUAACAUUUAAGUUUUUUGUAAAUUAAAUUUCCAAAAAUAAGAGCUACUGGAAUUUUUAAAUUUGUUUUAUUAAACUAUUGCGUAUUUGGUAUAGCCUUUAAAACAAAACUUUUGGUUUUUGGGUGCCGCUUAUAAAUUCUUCUUGUCUCUAUUUUUCCAACGCUCAUAGGAUAUUUAUUUAUUAUAUAUUUAUAUUUAAUUAGACGAAAUUUGGAGAGGUGAACUUAAAUAAGGUAUGUGAUCUAUGGAGUCUCUCAAAUGGCAUUGUGAUUUGAAAAUUUAUGAAACUAAAAAGAGACAAACAUAUACAUCUAUCGGAUUUAGAAUACUUGUAAAGGUUACAUGUUACAUACACCAUUGUGCUUAGUGCGAAUUUUUUUAAUUUCGCAAUCGCCUAGCUAUCUCAAACUUGUAUGGAGUUGGAGCAGCGCCCCUAGCGGUAAACGUAAGGAAGCUAUUAAAACUCCAUACAAAUUUGAGUAAUUUUUUACGCGAUCAGUUGAACACUGGUACCGCGUGUGGAUUGCAGCCUUGAUACGAGACCGGAGUGUGACUAAAUUUUUUUUUGUGAACGAGUCUUUUCGUCGCCAUCUUGAAUAAAAUUAUUUUGAGAAAGAACGUUGAAAGUACAUUAAGCUUAUUGUGUUAUUGAAUAAUAUGUGAUUAUUGUAUAUUUUUAAUAUAUUGUUAUAUUAUUAUAGCUUGUUAUCGAUGUAUAACCCUGUGUCCUGAUAAACCACAGUAUUUAAAUAUAGUUAUCCCGAUGAGGGGAAGCAUAAUGCAUCGAGUGAUCACCAUUUCAAGUUAGACACGACCUUCGGCAAUGAAGAGACCGACUCAGAAGAUUCCGAAGAGAAUUAACAAUAAUCCACAUCAACAUGAACGGCAAAAUAUUAUUUAUCAAUUUUAAGUGUUGUAUUGACCACAUAAUAUAAAAUGCUAAUUGUUAAUUAUGUUUUUGGUAAUUAGAUAAAGUAAUUUGUAUGUAACACAAGUUUAAAUAUGAUUUGAGAGAGGGUAGGAGAUCCGCGAUGUCAGCUGAUUUUGUUGUUGAUCACCCACUUUUGUACGUAAUACA